CUAACGCUCCCUGAUGCAUACUUCUGUUAACACUUCAGCUUCCGUCUGGCGCGUUCGCAGGAGAUAGAUUCGGAGAGACCAACGCAUUGUUUCCAUACUGCACGAUCAGCGCAUUAUCAUUACUUAGUUAACUUUCCGCACUCGUCAGGGAUGGGUCUGAUCGACGAGGACACGCAAUGACGCAUAUCGGGUAAUGCAGGAAAUCCGAUGGAGGAUUUGGAACUUCAACUGAUUACUGUGUAAAAGACCCUUGAGGUGCUUAUUGGCUUGGUAUUCGUCUGUGUCAGUGCGCCAGCUGUUCUGGAUCAACUGGACCUCGUCGACGUAGAUACGCUCGCAUGUUGACUCGCUCAACGUCAACUUCCCUGUGGCGGAUAAAACGGUCUGCAUGCUACAGUUUUUGGGACCUCUCGGCUCUCUCAACACUGAACAAGCACAUCGAAUAAAUGUUGAGAAAUGACCCAGAGGAAGGUUGGAUCGCCGAUCGACCGAAUAACACUGUAGACGUCUUUCACACCCACCCCGGCGUUGCAGGUCUCUCAUUACUCGGAUACCCGAAUCUAGAAGAUCUCGACCCAGUGUACUGCAUGCCUGCACGUGUUUCCGAGAAGCUGGGUCUACGGAAAGCGUGGAAAGCGUUACCGAGAAGAGAGACUUGGCCAUGACGAUGCAAUACUCAGAAGUGUGGCUGUACGCACUCGUGCAAUUUGUACAAUAAAUGUAUGGCAUUCC